AUGACAAGUCAUCUUCCCGUUGGUUUUUGUGUGACCGAAGAACGUGGUCUUGGCGCACGAUCCACUUUUACUAGUCCUCUGUACUGUCCAGAAGCUGCUCAUCUAUCCGAUUCGGGGAUUUCUGUCUCCAACUCUAAGAUUGAUGUGCCAACAGAAAGUAUUUCCUGCUCACCACCAGGGUUCACACCUACUCUCUGUAAAUCUGACGCUGCCACCGAUCUGCGAAAGCCUCUGAGUUGUCUUAAUGGUAAUGUACCACACUUCACGCCAUAUUUUCAGCAUCAGUUUUCCGGGCAGUCUUCAACGCCAUCAUAUUUGGUGUCACCGUUGUCGAAGCUGCGAUUAGAUGACUGCGCUGAAGUGGAAAGUUCAUUCGUGGAAACUCGUAGCCGUGCGCUUCUGCCGAGUUGGGUUAUGGAUGGACAAGGCCGCAUAAUUGCUCCACUAAGUAGAAUUCUAGAAGACGACCUACUGCCAGUUUUUGCCAGGGACAAGUCGGGGUGUACUUUCCUACAAGCAAACUACCCUGCUGAGGGGACACCAGAAAGAGAGACACUUGGGAAGCAGCUGCUUGAGAAUGGCGAAUUGUUUGAGGCCCUCUGCUCGGAUGUGUUUGGAAACUUCUUUAUUCAAUGUGCGGUCCAACAUUCGACUCAAUUAGAGCAGAGAUGGAUUAUAAGUCACAUGCUUGGUCACAAGCUUUAUCCAAUGUGUUUGAACCGUUAUUCAUGUCGUGUUGUCCAGAAAGUGAUAGAGUGUUUGCCUGAAGAACUAAAGAGCUUGCUCAUGCUGGAACUCCAUAGCUGCAAUCUUGUUAACUUGUGCACUGAUCAGAACGCGAAUCAUGUUAUUCAAAAAAUUAUGACAACUUUCCCGCUCUCCCAAUGGCAGUUCAUAGUGGAACAUUUCAUUCGUAAUCGUGAGGAACUCUUCAGUGUAGCGGAGAACAAGUACGGUUGUCGUGUUGUGCAACUUGCCAUUGAGGUACUUUCUGACAGUACUAAGAAAACAAAUAAACGCAGACCGCAGAUGCUUGAAGAAAUAAUGAGCCAUUUGGUUUCUAAUUGCGAACGUUUGGCUUCCAACGAGUUUGCAAAUUACGUCAUUCAACACGUUAUAAAGGCAGGGCCUCUGUCGGAUUACCGAGAUAGACUCAUCGAGAUGUGUUUGUUGAGGAAUCUGUUGUCUCUAUCCCAAGAGAAGUAUGCAUCUCAUGUAGUUGAAAAAGCUCUGGAAUAUGCUCCUCCUGCUCUACUGGCUGAAAUGAUGGACGAGAUAUUCGAUGGAUAUGUGCCUCAUCCUGAGACAAAGAAGGACGCUCUGGACAUCAUGUUAUUCCACCAGUAUGGCAAUUAUGUCGUGCAGCGCAUGCUUGACAUUUGUUGCGAAGCGGCUCGCGCUAAAAGAAAUGGAAUCAACCUACCUGACAUGGAACAGCGCAUGGAGUGGCUGGAUCGGCUCCAAACUCGAAUAGCUCAAAACCGUCAUCGUUUGGCAAGGUAUUCUUCUGGAAAGAAGAUUCUGACUACUCUCCAACAACUGAAUGAGUGUACACCGCAGACCACUCCAAUCCGUGGGCGCCGGCCAUGUCUUCCGGUUGUCCCUCCCAAUGAAGAACGCUUUUCCUCACCCGGCAUUCCAUAUAAUUAUGUGCUGAAGAGAGGAGAGAUGGGCUCGAUGAUGACCGACGCCGAGGAUCGAUUAAUGGUGGAUCUUUUUCGUGGAUAUAAUUCUCUAGUUCAGCCUGUACGAAAUAAAUCUGAACUGCCGAUGAUCAUAAAAAUUGCCAUGCAACUGGUCCUACUCAUCAACGUGGAUGAAAAGGAGCAAGUGAUGCACACGAACGUAUGGCUCACACUGAAAUGGCAUGAUUUUCAAAUGCGAUGGGAGCCGAACGAUUACGAUGGGAUAACGCAGAUUCGUGUAGCACCCGACAAAAUUUGGCUUCCGGAUAUUGUCCUUUUUAAUAACGCUGAUGGGAAUUAUGAAGUGUCGUUCAUGUGCAACGUGCUCAUCCAUCAUUCUGGAGAGGUCCUCUGGGUCCCACCAGCUAUCUACAAAAGCAGUUGCAUUAUAGAUGUCGAAUUCUUCCCGUUCGACGAUCAGCGGUGUAGUUUGACAUUUGGAAGUUGGACGUACAAUCGUGAUGAAGUCAAAUUAGACUUUCUGCAUGCGGAUCGAGUUGACUUUUCGGAAUAUGCGACCUCAUCGAUUUGGGAUAUGAUGGACGCUCCAGCGGUACUCACUGAGGAUAGAAGUCGGAUUGAAUUUCAAGUUAGAAUCAGACGAAAAACCUUGUUCUACACCGUUGUUCUUAUUUUACCAACGGUAUUAAUGGCUUUUCUGAAUGUGACCGUUUUCUAUCUACCUACUGCGUCAGGUGAAAAGAUGGGUCUGACCAUGAACGUCUUGCUGUCUAUCGUUGUGUUUCUGCUGCUGGUGUCAAAAAUUCUUCCGCCAACGUCGUCGUCGAUUCCGCUCGUGGCUAAGUACCUCCUGCUCACUUUUGUGCUCAACAUCAUCACAAUUCUUAUCACUGUGGUGAUUUGUAAUAUUUAUUUUCGUUCCCCAAUAACGCAUCGAUUACCACCAUGGGUCCGACUCGUGUUUUUAGACUGGUUGCCUUUAUUAAUGUGUAUGCAACGACCGAGAAGAAAAAAUAUUCUACAUCAAAGAAAGAAGAGGCUCGCGGAGGCAACAUCCAGUCAUCAGCUGACCACCCAAAAUCAUCAUCCACACUGUAGAGCGGCUGAUAACGUUCGAGAUGGAGCACCACUAAUUCGAAUAAGUCAACCGUCUUCUGAAGAUCUAGCUCCAGAUGCUCAACGAGCUGUUGAUGCUAUUGAAUUUAUCACCGAGAACAUGAAAGACGAUGAGAUCACAAAGCAGUACCGAGACGAUUGGAAGUUUGUGGCGAUGGUUGUGGAUCGCGUUUUACUGUACGGAUUCUUUGGAAUCACACUUGGAGGAACGAUAGGUAUUCUUUUUUCUGCUCCAACGGUUUUCGAACGGGUUGACGAACAGAAGCACUUACAAAAACUGAUACAACUCUACAAGUAUGGACUUCCUGUCAAUGAUAGUCUCAGUAUACCUCUGUAA